AUGGCAGAAACACAGGAGUAUCUGGUGGAUGGAAGCCCACUCAUCACAGCGGCCCAGCUGGGCAAGCUCCGUCUGGUUCGGUUGCUGGUGGAGGGGGGUGCGCAUGUCAAUGAGCGCAAUCAGCGAGGAGAGACCCCGCUGCUGGCCGCAUGUCGGGCCAUGAGGGGCAAUCAGUCGGGAAGCACCAUGCUGAGGCUCAUCCGCUUCCUCAUCAAGAACCAGGCUGACCCCAACGUCCAGGACAAGGCUGGCCGGACCGCCCUGAUGUAUGCCUGCAUGGAGCGGGCCGGCGCUGAGGUGGCUGCGGCCCUCAUCUCUGCCGGUGCCGAUCCCAGCAUGGAGGAUUAUGCAGGCGCAUCAGCUCUAGUUUAUGCCAUCAACGCCCAUGACCAGGACACUAUUCAGGUGCUGCUGGACGCCUGCAAGGCCAAGGGCCGAGAUAUUAUCAUCAUUGCUACGGAUCUAAGCUCCGACGGGGCCACAGUGACCCGCCGCUACCUGAAUGUGCCUCCUUCGCCCAACACCUCACCUGUCUCAUGCAUGUCACCCUCUGACAUCGAACUGAAGACCAGUUCCCCAAACUCAGAGACAGAGGGAGAGAAUAUCUUUAACUUCAGGGCUUCAGGGAAGAGAGGAAGCAGAGUGGGCUCGCCUCUGCCUCAGGAGACAGAGACAGUGAAUCGCCAGAGACUGCAUUCCGAGCCUUGGGUGGCCAUCCAAAACCUGGCUCACCUCAGCCGCACUUAUGAGGAAACGGUGAGGCAAGGAACAGUGCAAGAAGAAGAGGAAGGGGUGGCAGGAACAAGCUUGCUUGUUCAUCAGUUAGAUCAGAGUGAUGGGCCACAGGCAGCUGACCACAAACACUCUGGGCGAGUGGUGUCCAGAAGUUAUGUGGACAAGCAUAGCCUGGAGUGUCUGGCCGUCCCGGAACGUCUACACAGCCGAAGAAACACUCUACCUGCUCUCACCGGACAGAAUUUACUUCAGCUGCCCACCCUUUCUCUCAAUCUAUCUAGCUCAGACACCCGCUUAAAUGACCAGCCCACCACUCUAACACUACCGCCGGUUCCUAUCAGCAGGAACCUCCACCAUUGCUCUAGUAGCACCAGCUCUCUUUCUCUGGCGCCCCCUGCUGCUCCUCGUGAAUUUAACAGCAUGAGGAAGUGGAAGCCUCAGGAGCAGCUGAGUUUAAGGACUCAAAUACGUAGUGGUAGCUUCUUGCCCCCUCUCCCAGUUGCGAACACAUCCACAUGUUCCUGCCCUGGAGAGCCUAGCCCCACCGCCAGAGCUGAAGAGACCCAAGCGCAAAGGCAGGGUGGUUCAAGGAGCCGAAGACCUACACGCCGCCACUCCAUUCAGCUGGAACAGAUGAGUCAGGAGGGCAGUACGGAGGAGAUACUCUUCAUCCUAUGA